CAAAAUAAGCUUAGCACGUUCGUUCGUACGUACGUAGGGUACGUCAUCGCCAUUGUGCAAAGUUUCCGAUCGCACACACACUGCACGAUUUCGUCUUUCUAAACCGCUGAAUGAGGAGAUUGACGCAGCUGGGGAAUAACUGACACGCCUGAACGGACAUUAGACCCUUUUUUGCAUAGCGACUCACUUGACUGACAUCGACACUGUAAUCUGCAGGGUUGAACCCACACGUUCCUCUGCAUUCAGAAUGUCUACGAGUCCUGCAUUUUCCGAGAAGCGUGAUCAAGAGGCCUCGGCAUAUUUGUAUCCGGGUCGAACACUGGGUGGGAAUGCCACCAUCGGUACGUGCACGUACAGCAGUCAAGUGGUGACGCCCGUCGACAGUGAUACACAUAAAACCACAAAGAUAGAAACAACCACAGCACUCGGUAGAACUGAACCCAUAGCCUGCCUGUUUCCAAACUCGGGCUCAUCAUCAGCAUCGAAUAGUUACAGGCCUUGUUCCGAUUCCCAAGUCACUGAGUCAGUUAGGUCCAAGCCCACUAGGCCGGGCACUAAUGCGAAUAUGACAAACAGAAUGAGUGGUUAUGAUUACUCACCACACGGCUCAAACACAGAAACGAUGUCCUCUAUGACAAGUAGCAGAUCAACGCAAGCAGAUCAACUGAGCAAAGUGGACAUGCUUUCAACAUGCAGUAGGCCUACUGGCUUGCGUGUAAAUCUGCCUUCAACUGGAUCUACAAACAUUGAUGCUAGUGAGUUGGACUUGGAAAAGAUUCCUGCAAGGGCACUCAAUGUGCCAACAAGGACACGCCUGUCACUCAUGUUGAACCCUCCCAAAGUUCUGCACAAUGACUGGACGGGGCUGGCUGGAGAGAUGGGAUUUGAAUAUGAGGAGAUUGAGAACUUUGCACUGGAGAGAGACCCCACAAAGAUGGUUCUUUCAGCGUGGACAUGCCAACAAGGCAGCACGAUUGGAGUGCUGUUAGAAAUGCUGCGAGACAUCAAUAGAGAGGAUGUAUUAAAUGAUAUUCAGAAACUAGUCGAGCGAGAUGCAAGCCGAUGGCUAGAGAGACGUAGAGGUGACAUAACUGGCCAACCAGUCCAAGUGCCCGAGGUGAGUGGAAGCUAUCCAAAUGUCCCUGAAACACCAGAGUUACGAGGGAUAACAUUGGAGGAUCAUGUUUCAGGCCCUCCGGAGGUUUUUGAUGCCUAUGUCUGCUUCACUGAUGCAGACAGGGAGUUUGUGAAGGAAAUGAUGACAGUCCUGGAGAAAGAACCCUACAACCUGAAACUGUGCAUUGAUUUUAGGGACUUAGUGCCUGGAGGUUCCUACUCAACCAUCACAGCUGAACUCAUUGAGAACAGAUGUAAGCGUAUGAUCAUUGUGCUGUCCCCGGAUUUCUUGACGAGUGAAGACUGCAACUUUCAGACCAAGUUUGCUCACAGCAUUGCCCCAAGUGCACGAAGCAAGCGUCUGAUACCUGUGAUGGUAGAGAACUGCAAACCGCCCAACAUCCUGCGCCAUUUAACAAUCUGUGAUUACACCAAGAAAGAUCUAAGACAGUGGUUCUGGCGCAGACUGUACAGUGCUCUCACCAAAAAGUAGUCACCUUACUGUGCUGCACCAAUGGCUUGUCAUUGAGGCUACAUGCAGGCCCUCUGGGCAAGUUGUACAUUUGUAAAUAUGUCUAGCCUUCCCCUAAACAUAAAAAUAUGGAGUUUUAUCUAAAACUGUGUAUAUUUCAUGAGGGUUUUCAAUUUUUUUACAGUAUCAUUGUAACAGAGUCAUAAGUACUUUUGAUGCAGUUUUCAAAUACAUGUUUGUAUUAUUCUCACAUGCACCGUACAGUACAGAUUAUAAAUGCUGUUUUUCAAAGUGUGAUGUGGGAGCUUUUUAAUUUCAUAAUUUGUGAACUCUUUGUGCACACAUUUUAUACUCUUUCACUAUUUGAAGAAUAUAAACAUUAUGAACGUUAGUGCACAGUUGUUUGAAUGUUACUGUCAUGAAUACCUUCACUUGUGAAACAUUCAAGAAAAAUACUGCAUUUCAUUUGUUUAAAUACAAUUAGUUGUCAGCAUAAACUCUUCAUCCUCAUAUGACAUACAUAUGACAUAUAAAUUUGGAUAGUAUACAUUAAUGUACAUUGUAAUUGUACAUGUGUGUCUCUGGUUCACCGUGGACAUUGGGCCCUCUCUGGCUGUGUAGGAAAGUGCACAUGUAUACAACAAAGUGUGACAUCAUCAGCACAUAGGCCUAUUGAUUAAAGUGCAUGUCCAGUGUGAGGUGCUUGAAAUAUAUAGCAGUAUAAAACUAGUUAGCAGUUUGAUUUGAUUUGUUUACUUGCAAGUGAUUUUUAUCUUUGUCAUGAUGAAUUAGGGAACACCUAUAUUCUGCAUCUUGUUCUGAAAGAGUGUGGUUUACUUCCUGUGCGUACAUCUGUUACAGUUACUUGUGUGCAUUGCAUUUUGAUAGUCUGCCAUUUUUGUCAUUGUUAUUUAUUGCCUUUGUACUGGUAUCAGGUACAGGAAAGUUGUAGUUUAUAAGCAGAUACGGUUGAUUGCACAUUUGGGGACGCCUUGACUGGAAACCCAGGAAAUCCUGGUCUAAACAUAGUACCUGCAUGAAGUUGAUACGCCCACUCACAGCCUGUGGGAGGGUGGAGGGACUGUUCACGUUUGUAAUUAUGACGAUCAGGCAUAGUGAAACUGAAUGAGUCCACAGGAUAGAAAGGAUUUCUCUUCAAACUGUGACAGGGACUCUCCCCUGAAACGCCAACCACCUGAGUCAGAACUUGACUAGGGUGGAGGAUGUUUGUCCACCUACAGUGCACUUACAGGUGUUUGUGUACACAGAUCCACGUGAAGUAAGUAACAGCUUUGGAGGACAAGUUAGUUGUUUCUCAAAUGUAUUUUUUGUUCUCUCAUACCCUAAAAAAAAAUCAGUAGUUUUGAUCUGUUUUACACCUGAGUGUUGAAUUUCUUUUAGUUUUGUUGGGCAAGGCUCUAGUGUCUAAUAUUGUACACAGACAGUGAGUCAACUCUCUGUUAAGUGGUAAAGGUACACCAUGUUGAUUGGAUAAGCACUGUUAGUUAUUAAUUUCAUAUCUUUCACCUCGUGGAAACCAGGAUAUUUUGCUAAUCAAGUAUUGCAUUAACCACUUGGUGCCAGAGUCCCCGGUUUCAGGGACAUAGGCUCUAUACACGAAGCUGGGGAGCCCAAAGGCGGACAAAAGAGCUGGGCCUUGUCACAAAAGACCAUACUUGAAACAAAAGACGGGGCUGCUGGGAAUUGGCAAUAUUUU